UCAGAUGAGGACGGUUUAGUUGAGGCCGCUGCUUCGUUAUAGCCACGCCCUUGAAGGAUAUCAUUGUUGUGUUUGUGUCCUCAAUGGAGUGCACCUGCAGCAAUUUUAGGACUUCUGUGCUUCCUCCGCCAUGGCCCUCCUCUCGCCUUCCACACUCUCUCUUCCCGUCUAAGCGAGAACGAUUUAUAUUUAAGCGUUUAAAAUGGGCUCAGCAUCGUAUAUUGAUCACAAACUCUUGUGGAUUUGAUCAAAAUGGCUCCGUUGAGGGGUUUCCCCAAAAACCCAAUAAGCUUUUUGUGCAAGAGGCAAUAGGAGCGGAAUAUGGAGAAGGUUUUGAAACUUUCAGGCAAGAUGGGCCUUUGAAGGUUGACGUGGAUUUCCUGAAUGAAAAAUUGCAAGAAGGUUUCCUCCAGCGGAUACGAUAUGCAAUGAAACCAGAUGAAGCAUACGGUCUCAUUUUCUCUUGGGAUAAUGUGGUGGCUGAUACUCGAGCUUUGAAGUUGGAUGCUUGGAAGCAGCUUGCGUCUGAGGAGGGAAAGGAAAUAUCUUUUCACAAUGAUGUGCAAAGACUGAUGCUGUAUGCAGGUGCUGAUCAUGUUCUGAAUAAGGUAUUGCUCUGGGAUACAGCUGAUAACGAAUUGGAUAGGUUGAAGUUAAGGCUUUCACAGCUAUAUCAUAAUAACCUUCUAAGACUUAAUGAACCCAUGGAGGGGUUGAAAGGAUGGCUAGAUGCAGUGUCUACUGCCCACAUACCAUGUGCUAUUGUUUCAAGCCUUGACCGGAGAAGCAUGGUGGAGGCUCUAGAGAGAAUGGGGCUCAGCCAGUAUUUCCAGGCAAUUGUAGCUGAGGAAGAUGGCAUGGAGUCAAUAGCUCAUAGAUUUCUUUCUGCAGCUGUGAAGCUGGAUCGAAAACCAUCCAAGUGUGUUGUGUUUGAGGAUGACCCAAGAGGAAUAACUGCUGCCCACAACUGCACAAUGAUGGCUGUUGCCUUAAUCGGCGCUUACCCUGCGUACAAUUUGGUGCAGGCCGACCUUGCAGUUCGUAGUUUCAAUGAGCUUUCAGUGAUCAAUCUACGGAGAUUAUUUGCAAACAAGGGUUCUACUUUCAUGGACCAACAGAAGCAGAUUAUAGAGAAUUCUCCUCCAAAAAGAAAGCUGACCAUUGAUACCAUUUUCUAACUUCCACCACGCUUUGUUCCUUUCUUUGUCCAAUUUGUUUUUGUAACUAAGCAGUAUCACAUCUUAUGACUUCUUGUUCAUUGUUGAACAGUUUUUUUGGGUUACUAUCAAGCGUUGGUUCGAUAGUUAGAAGCAUUCAAUUGAUUAUUUGAAUGUUACUCAGGAAAAAAGAUUUGAGGAUUUUUCAUUCUAGUGGAUCUUCUUGUGAUUAAAUAAGAGGUAAAGUUUGCAAUUUGAGUGCA